AUGUUGCAGGCGGGUGGCGACGGCCAGUUUAAUUUACUCCCAGGAUCGGCGUAUCCGGGGCACCUCCCAAAUGCUGGCGCUCCUGAUCCCUCGGCAGAUACGAUACGUGAGGCGAAGACAAAGGUGUUGUCUCAUAACCCGUUUUCCACCAUGGGGACUUGCAGCAGUAGCGGUAGUGAAUAUGGCACGGCUAGGCGAAGUGGUUCGGCACCGCUCCACCAACGUUUGCCUGUGUCAUUUGGGAUGGCGACUUCACUUUACACGAAUGCCCCACCGGCGCCUAGUGCCGCGGCAGCGACGUCACCAGAGAAGCAGCUGCUUGAACGACCACCUCAAAUAGCAGCACCGUCAUGGCAGCAGCGGCAGCAACAACAACAACGGCAAGAGGAAUCGUGUCAGCGUCAUCAGCGACCGAGUUUGUCCUUAGCGGAAAAUCGCUUCAGUUUCCCGCAGCGAGUAGUAGAGAGCGCUGGUGCGGCAUCACCAUUUACGACUGCCCAGGGUGCGGCUCCUCAGGAUGUUGCAGAGACCACGGGGCCCUGCCUAACUCCAUCUGAAAAGGUGGUGCGCGGCCUCUCGCUGAAUAGUCUCAGUUCAGCAGCCUCGGGCGUCGAGAGGACUUUAAACGAGUCCUCUGUGAAGAGGACAUUGUACUUGAGAAGUUUACUUAAAAAGGACCCGCCUGACUUUUUGAAACCGUCUUCGGGCCCCCCCGUGCUGCGGCGGUCAUCAGCUGGACCAAGACGUACGCCUAGCCCGUUGGAUGCACGGUUGUCGAGGCUCAAGGCGAACGGCGGCUUGCAAGUGGCCCAAGGCCUCCGCCCAGGCAGCACAGGAACGAACGCUGAAGGCGAGCCCCAGCAGCUGCAAAAACAACCCUUGCAAGAUCCCACUUCUGUGCCGUGCCCGCCAAAGCCAAAUGAGGGUAAACAGACCUUGUCCCCAUUUGUUGAGGCUUCCAUGUCUGCUGAACAACAAAGCAGCAGCAACAACAACGACGCCAACGGCUCCGCUGUAUACAUUCCUUUAGGAUCCCAGUCCGGACUUCCACGGGUUCUUUCGACAGUAGCGGCGCCGGGACCACAAUUUUCCUCGAGAGGAAUUGGGGGUUCCAACACACAGCUUCCCUCUGGUUCUUUUGAAACAAACACCACGGAAAAGUCGCUUCAUGGCAGUUCCGUGGCUGAGCAGAAGCUUUUAUUCCAUGGAGUAAGGCCGCAGGAUGUGAACUCGGGAGAGCGGUUUGUGCCGGCCAUUGACGUGAAGCCACACGUCGUUCUAAAGGAGGAGAAAGUAUUACCUUUUGCACCGGCUUCGCGCUCAGGCGCUAGCGAGACGUCCGGUGUGGUUAGCGUACUGGGCGGUGUUGAAUCCCCCGCCUUGCCAACAAAGAAGACGGCCCUUACAGGCGAGGUGCCCAACCUUAAUUUUUUGCCAAGCAACACCAGUGGAAUGACUCGAAAUCUGCCACCGCCGCCCACGGCGCUCCCGCCAAGGCCGACUUUAAUAGGUGGCGAGGUGGCUGCAUCAUUGUUAACAACCGCGUCCGUUUUGUCGAAAAAUUGUCAAGAGCUAAAUACACCGCGAAACGGUGGGAUGAAGCUACAGAAGCAGGUUAACCCGUUCCAGGCAACGCAAGAAAUUGAAACGGCGGAGUUUUCACCGGCGCCGUUCCGUCCGUCUCGUCAAGCGUCAGAGGAGGUGGUGUUCGGGGCCGAUGCAGCCGCAUCUGGGGCGGGCGAAGCGACCUGUAUAGAAAGCUUUGUAACUGGAGACGACAACGACGUUGAACCUUCGCUUAAAGCCCGACACUCCACUUUGGCGUUUUGUCAUUUACCUGCUACCGUGGUGAGGUCUGACGCUGCUGAAUUUCAAGCAGUUGCGAAAGAAGAAGAGGCAGUGAGGUGUGAGCAGCACCAGAACACAAUCGUUACAUCGGAAGGGGAAACACAUGUUGAGGCAAGUGUGACACAACCACCACCACUGUCUCGGGCAACACGCUCGGCAUUGGAUUCAUUAGAGCAGCAGGACAUUUUCAAUACGAAGGAGGGCAUUUCUCGUAACGUCAACGAAUCUUUCUCGACACGAAAGCGUCUGCCACGUGAACGGUCUAGCACAAAGCCAUGCUUUGCCUUAUUUACUUCGACUGGACAUGUGCUUACGGUCUUCAAUGCCUCUUGCUCUGGUGCUUUGACGGUUGUAAAGUCAGAGCCCCUGGCAAAUAUGCUUAUUGGGCGCGUGCAGAAUGUGAAGUGCUUUAAUGUUGGGGAGGAAUACGGGAAUAUGCUGCAGCUGUUGGCCGAGUUUUCGCCUGCGUUUAUAUCUAGUGCGCGUAAUGGCGUGUCACUGACGAUGCUUCGAGAUGUAGUGGCGAAAAUGACGGGGAUAUCGUUGCUGCUUCAGGAAGUGCUGCUUUUUAUGCUGCGUGAUCCGCCUCCCGAGUGGCGCACAGAGGGGCAGAAGUCUCUGAUUAAAAUACUCGCUACGGCAGCGGCGCGGGUAUCGAUUUCAGAUGAAUCCCGUCCUAAUUAUCCGUUAAACGCGGAGCCUCCACAGCAUUCAGUUAAGGAUUUAGCAAGUGGAUUGCAAAAAAUACAACAGCUGUUGUGUGCAGGGGAGCGCGAGGCUGCGGUGGGGGUUGCGCUAGAGCACCACCUUUACUCGCACGCUAUCAUCAUUGCCAUGAUGUGCCCCAAAAAGGAGCAUUACAUGAGUGUUAUUCGUGCUUUGGUGCAGCAGGAGUUGGACCCCUUCUCUCCCUUGGCGCACGCCUACUGCAUGUUUAAUGAGCUGCCACUCCCACCAUUUGAACCUGAGCCAACGCGGCCGCUAUCGUUGUCUAUGCCUGUAGCCUCUCAGUGUGAUGCGCAUGCUCAAAUUCGUUCCUCAUGGCUGCAACAUGCAGCGGUUUUGGUCUCCAACUUUACAAAGGAGAGUGCGGAGGGGCUGAUUCAGCUCGGGGAUUCGCUGGUGAAUGCGGGGAUGAUUGAUGAGGCGCACUGCUGCUUCUUGCUGGCCCAUGUGAGCCCCAUGGGAACCCAACCGCCUGGCCGCCCGCUCCAACCCAAACAACAACACAUCAUGGAACUUCUGCGAGCACGCUUAGGUGUCCUUGGCGGGCGUUAUAAUCCCCAAUGCUCUCGUAGUGCGUUUGUGUCGCCAAAGUCGACGCUGCUGACAGACGUCCUUCAGUUUUUCCGCUCCCACCUGGAAAGCCGCAGCUUGGCAUCCCCGGAAGACAGUGGUAAACCGGCUCCGCAGCACGGAAUUCCGAUCUGUCCAGAGCGAUACAGAGCAGCCUUUCACUACAUGCAGGUGUUGUGGCUGCGUGAGGUGGGUCUGCGCGAGGAGGCCUCGCAGCUCAUGCAUGAGCUUAGUAGGGCUGUGCCGUCAGAGUCAAAAAGUGGCUCUACAUUUACGUUAAACCGUCUUAUUUCUAGUGGGGUUGCGUCACAUGCUGAUGCUGCUGGGAGGGAGCAGCCGGCUUCACACGCAGGGGGGCAGGCAUCAAAGCGGCCGAUGCGCGAGGAACGCGUCUCUCUGCCGGCACCAUCAUUGUCAUUUGCUGCGAAGGGCUCGAUUGAUUCAUUAACUGAUCGCCGACCAACAUUUGCCCCACCGCCACCAUCACUGCAGCCGCAGAGGCAGAAGCAAAUGAUGCCGCAGUCGCCUACACCGGGUCCAAAAUUGGAUGUGCCACUCAUUCCAGGGCCGUCAAAAUUUCAUCCCCAAAGUGUGGCGAGUGCAGAGCCCGCUAUAAAAGGACCUCCACCUCCUUUUUCAGCGCAGCCAACAACGACACCAUCUGCCGUGCCCCCCGCAAUGCCUCCAGCGGAGGCACCAUCGGGUGAAAACAAUAACGCCACAACAGAUGCGAAUGAGACCCCGGCAAAGUUGGAAAGCUCCAGGAGUUUGCAACCACAGCCACAGCCACAACUGCAGCCAAGAGGACGUUUAGCUGAAGAGAAGGGGGCAAGGGAAAAACCGUCACAGCGUUCUAGUUCUUUGGAGGCUAUUACCAAUUUCUUGUUCCGCCGCGGUCGAAGUCAGGAGGCAAAGAAAGAUGAGCCGAAGAAGAUGAUUAUUGAUACAGAGAAGCCUCCCAAGUUUGAUCCUGUGACCGGGCGAUAUCUUUUUGAGGAGACCGAGGAGGAGAAGAAGGCGGCGGAGAUGAUUAGGGCGGGACCGCCCAGGCCGUCGGCGAUGGCAGCAAAGGUUCCCGCAGUGGGAGGGGCGGUGCCGUCAAUGAUGCGCCCGCCAACCGGACCAGCUGGGCUGCCGCGAGCAGGACCUGGAACACUUCCCCGGGCGCAGUAUGUGGACAUGUUCAAUUCUACCUAA